AUGGGUAGAGUUAUUCGUAACCAAAGAAAGGGUGCUGGCUCCAUCUUCACCUCGCACACCAGAUUGAGACAAGGUGCUGCCAAGUUGAGAACCUUGGACUUUGCUGAACGUCAUGGUUACAUCCGUGGUGUUGUGAAGCAGAUUGUUCACGACGCCGGUAGAGGUGCUCCAUUGGCCAAGGUUGUGUUCCGCGACCCAUACAAGUACAAGUUGCGUGAAGAGACCUUCAUUGCCAACGAAGGUGUUCACACUGGUCAGUUCAUCUACGCUGGUGCCAAGGCCACUUUGAACGUCGGUAACGUGUUGCCUUUGGGCUCUAUGCCAGAAGGUACCAUCGUGUCCAACGUUGAGGAAAAGCCUGGUGACAGAGGUGCUUUGGCCAGAGCCUCUGGUAACUACGUCAUCAUCAUUGGUCACAACCCAGACGACAAGAAGACCAGAGUCAGACUUCCCUCCGGUGCCAAGAAGAUCAUCAACUCCAGCGCCAGAGGUGUCAUCGGUGUCAUUGCCGGUGGUGGUAGAACCGACAAGCCAUUGUUGAAGGCUGGUCGUGCUUUCCACAAGUACAGAGUUAAGAGAAACUCUUGGCCAAAGACCCGUGGUGUUGCCAUGAACCCUGUUGAUCACCCUCACGGUGGUGGUAACCAUCAACAUAUUGGUAAGGCUUCUACCAUCUCCAGAGGUGCUGUCCCAGGUCAAAAGAUUGGUUUGAUCGCCGCCAGAAGAACUGGUUUGUUGCGUGGUUCUCAAAAGACUCAAGAUUAG